UUCAGUUGACUGUCUUUUCAACUGCAGUCACCAUUGUUGCUAAGUGACGCUGCCGAUACCGCUGCUAAAUCGAAGGUUUGGAUUGAUUUGGACAAUUUAUUUCGCUGAUAAAACAUUGCUACCCCAAUAUGCCGACUAUUGUUGAGAUAGUGGAUGAAGAACCGCCUGUAGAUCUGGCACCAGUCUUUGUCACAGAAGUCAAAACUAGUCCCACAGCGCCUGCUGGGAAAACUGGCAAACGAGUUUCCAGUGAGUCCACCGAAGCAUCGGAUGAGGUGGAGGCAGAGAACAUUCUUGGGGAAGAGGUUGUGGAUGGCUUGCUGCAGAGUGAUGGGCCAGUCAGUGAAGGGCUAGAAGGAGGAGAAAGAGAGGGAAAAGGGGAACCGCAAGUGUUGAAGGCCCAAGAUGAACCAAGCAAGAAGGAAAGAAACAGAAAGGAGGAGAAUGAAAAGGAGACAGACUCAAAGGUUCCUGAGGACGAUGACAGAUAUCCAAGAAUGACAGAGAAAGCGUUGAAGGCUAUCUGCAAGCAACAUGAUCUGUACAGAACACCUGAACUCAAUGAUGUCCUCUAUCUUCAUUACAAAGGCUACACUCGCAUCGAAGGACUUGACAAGUACACCGGACUGAAGGCCAUCUACCUGGAGUGCAACGGGUUCCGCAAGAUCGAGAACCUUGACCAUCAGACGGAGCUGCGGUGCCUGUACCUGCAGCAGAACAUCAUCAGCAGGAUUGACAACCUGCAGAACAUGGUCCACCUGGACACACUGAAUGUCUGCCACAACCAUAUCACCAGGAUAGAGAAUAUUGCUUGUUUAACGAAGCUGAACACUCUUCAGAUCACCCACAACAGACUGACCACGGCGGAAGACCUGAUGGAACUCAAGGACUGCCCUAACCUCAGUGUUCUGGAUCUCUCUCAUAAUCGCAUCGACGACCCAAAGAUCUUGGAGGUCUUUGCAGCCAUGCCCGUUCUGAGGGUGUUGAAUCUGAUGAACAACCCGGUCAUUAAACGGAUCAAGAAUUACCGCAAGACACUCAUUCGGGACGUGAAAAACUUGACCUAUCUGGAUGACAGACCUGUAUUCCCAAAAGAGAAAGCUUGUACCCUAGCAUGGUGGGAAGGAGGUCGCGAGGCGGAGAAAGCCGAGAGAGAUCGUUGGAUCAACAAGGAGAGACAGAAGAUCUUAGACAGUGUAGAAGCUCUCGCUUCUAUCAGAAGGAGAAACAUAGAGAAGAGGAAAGAAAGAGAAGCCAAAGAGUUAGAAGAGCAUGGUCCUGACUUCAAGAGAGAGAUCCCUGAUCCCGAGACCUUCAUCCACCAACCCCCUGAAGAUGAAGAGCUCUUUACGUUCAACAUUGAGAAACCAUCCAGUCAGCAGAAAGCAGCUUCAGUCAGCCCUCGAGCAGCUUGGUCUGAUCAACCAACAUCUUCAGAGGAUAUCGAUGAAGGAAAGAUUAACAUUGAUGAUCUUCCCGACCUGGAGGACAUCGAUGAAGACGAGAUGAUGUGGGCCAGAAAAUCACAAAUAAACUACUCAUUGAAGACAUUACUCCAACCAAGCAAACAGUUUCCGUAGCAACGGAUGACAGCAAACGCUCCUCAUCAAGUCGUAUUCUUAUCGAAGAGUUCGAACCAGUCAAGAGUGAAGUAAGCCGGCCGACAGGGAGAGGGGAUGCUAUGGUGUCCCCAACGAGUAUGAUUGAAGAUAUCACAUUAUCCGAAGGCCCUGCUAAAGAGG